AUGGAAAUUGAUGAGAAAUUCAAAUUUUUGAAGCCGGAGAGUACUGUAAUUGAUAUAGGGUGUGCACCUGGUUCAUGGAUUCAAGUGGUUGUCGAGAAGUGUCCGAAUGGAUAUGUUUUGGGUGUGGAUUUACAGAACGUUCUCCCCAUCCGUGGUGCCGAAAUUCUCUCCCAAUCCGAUGUCACAUCUCCAGAAGUCCAUCUGAAAAUCCGAGAAAAACUCAAAAAUCGUGAACUCGACGUCGUCCUGAGUGAUAUGGCACCGAAUCCAACCGGCGACAAUGCGACGGAUCAUUUGAGGCUUAUCGAGUUGUGUCGCACCGUUUUCAGGCUGUUUUCAGAAGAGAAUUGCAUUGAAUUGAAGAGAAAUGGAGUGUUUUUGUGUAAAAUUUGGGACGGCGCGGCACGUGGUGACUUCAUUCGAGAACUCUCAGAACGUUUCGCGACGGUGAAGACGGUGAAACCGACGGCGUGUCGAGAUAAUAGUGCGGAAAUCCCUCUUCCAUCCAAAAGAAUGCCGUGGAGAACCGCAUUGAAAGUCGUCCUUGCCGCCGGAGAGGCAGUCACCAAAGCUCUCACAAGAGCGGUUCGUGAUGAGAUUCGACAAACACAACAAGCGGCCGCCCGUCACGCGACUGCAACGGGACAAACGGCGAGUGAGACGAAAGAAAAUGCGAAUGCGAAUGCGAAAUUGGGCAUCUCAUUGGAGGAAUCACUGCAGAUUCUGAAUGUGAAGACGCCGUUGAAUCGAGAAGACGUCGAGAAGAAUUACGAGCAUUUGUUCGCGAUUAACGAUAAAACCAAGGGAGGAACUUUCUAUUUGCAGAGCAAGGUAUUCCGUGCCAAAGAGCGAAUAGACGAGGAGUUGGGUCGAUUGGAGCAAAAAUCGGAGGCCAAGAAGGAGGAAAAUGCGAAAAAUGAAUAG